GAGGAGCACGAAAAUCCCCAGCCGCCAAGGCGGAGGCGUGCGAGGGAAGCCGAAAAGGCGCCGCCGCGCGGCUGCCGAAAACUCAAGCGCCCCCCCCCCCAAAAUUUCGCUGCCGCCUCCUCGCCUUCCUUAAAACCGCCGCGCUCCGACGCCCGCUCACCCCCGCCGCGGCAUCAUCGCGCCCGAUUCCUCUGCUACCACCACGCUGCGCCGCCGCCACGCUUCGCUAUGCCACCGUCCGCCGUCGUCGUCUGCCGCAAGCGCUCCCGCUCCCCGCCGCGCGGCUUCGACUCCGCGCGGCGCACGCGCCCGAUGCCGGAGGCGGAGCGGGCGCCGCCGCCACGCCUCGCUAUGCCGCCGUCCGCCGUCGUCGUCUGCCCCAAGCGCUCCCGCUCCCCGCCGCGCGGGUUCGACUCCGCGCGGCGCACGCGCACGCGCCCGAUGCCGGAGGUGGAGUGGGCGGCGGGUGCCGCCAAGGCGGGGGCGGCGCCGGCGCUGCCCGACGACAUGCUCCUGGAGGCGUUCAAGCGGCUGCCGCCGCCGCGCGACGUCGUCCGCUGCGCCGCGGUGUGCCGCCGCUGGCGCCGCGUCCUCGCCGGCGCGGGGGCGGCGUGCCUCCCCGAGCCGCCGCGCCACUUCGGGUUCUUCCGCAACUACGGCCCGUCCCCGCUGCCCCCGUUCGUGGCCGCCGCGGGCGUCGCCCUGCACGCCGGCUUCGUCCCCGGGCCGCGCGCGUGCGGCGCUACCGUCGUGGACUCCCGCGGCCGGCGUCUGCUCCUGCGGGAGCUCGGCAGCCCCCGCGACCUCAGGCUCAUUGUCUGCAGCCCGCUGGAGAAGACGUGCGGGCGGGUGCCGUCGCUCUACACCGCGGGGCACAGAGUGGCGUGCACCGUGCUCGUCCCUGGGGAAAGUGCCGCGUUCCGCGUCGUCGUCGUCCUCUUCGGCGCCGCCCCGAACCACUUUGAGGUGCUCGUCUACUCAUCGACCGCCUCCUGUUGGGAGGCCGCCACCGGGCCGAUGAACCGGGAACUAGCCGUCCGCCGCGGCCCGUCGGUCGUCCUCGGCGACGUCGUGUACAAGCUGCACAGCGAAGACAAGUACAUCAUGGCCGUCGACGCGGUCGAGAUGAAGCUGUCGGCGGUGCCCCUCCCCGACACCGGGACGCUCCUCUACGUCGGGAACCACUGGAUCGGCAAGACAGGGGACGGCCGCCUCUGCUUCUUCGCGAUCCGGGAGCAGCUCACCCUCGUCAAGUGGGUUCUCGCAGCACCUGGCAAGUGGGUGGAGCAGCAGCCCGUGGACCUCCGCAUGCUGGUGCACCCGGCGCUGGUUGGCGACCUCACCCAAACGAAGCUCUCGGCCAAGAUGUCGGACCAGCUCCGUGGAUGCAAGCUCGUGAGCUUCGCCGCAUUCUGCGAGGCCACGGGCACUCUGUUCUUCAUCAUGGCCGACUGGGUCGUGCAGCUCGACCCCAGGACGGGGUGUCUGCGGCGGCUGUGGCGCAACACUGACGAGUCGCGGCCGCUGGACGACGUGUACCCGUGCGAGAUGCUGCAGUGGCCGCCGGUGCUCAAGGAUGCCGGCGAGGCCCCUGAGGCGGGAGGUGAUUGUUGAGAUGCGGAUUUGAUGUUAGGGGGCUAGCGUUGGCAAGUUAAUUAGUGGAUGCAAUUGAAAUUCUGGAUUGUUAAAUGUAUGAUGCGUUACCAACUGCUGCAUAAAUUAUGAAAUUGGGGGCAAUUGCUUGUGAUUAAA